AUGAAACUAUCCGUUUCCAACCUAACUCUCUUCCUCUCACUGUUAUCAUCUGGCACAGUCGAGUCCGGAGAUCCUUUGGAAUCGCUCAUCAGAAACGGAUGGCUGAUGAUCCGGGAUUACGGCGAGAAGGUGAUCGCGAACAUCGCCAUUCCCAGAACUUCCGAUAUUCCUGAAGGCGUUGGCGCUUUUCAGUUGGAUCCUGAUAAAAAGAAGGCUCUGGACACUAUUUCACAGGUUCGCAAGGGGCUGAACAAUGGGUUUGGCCUGAGAUCCGAUCGUAUAACUGCUCGAACCUUUCAGAUGAUGAAUACUUGCCCCCAAGUUUUUCCAAUUCAAGAUCUGAAAGGUCUUUGGCAUGCGACACGUAUCAGCAAAAGAAUGCUGCACACGACCUUCAACGACAUCGACGAAGUCAUUCAAAAACUAUCAUCUGGACAAUCGGUCAGCUCUCGAAAGUCUCUAUUUUCCCUCUUCCAAUCCGAUCCGAUAAUGAGAUGUUUCCAGAUGAACGGUGAGUGUUCUGCCCUUUGAAUCCUUCUGAUUUCUCUUUUUCUCAGUGCUGGAUGACACGCCGUCUUCUCCGUUCGAAUUCUCAUAUGUCUCCACAGACAGCCAACGCAAAUCCAUCAUCGGGCAAGUCUCCCGUGCCUCCCCAUCCCAACUGUCUCUCCAUUUGGCUUCCAUAAUUGACAUCCCGCUCUCGGCCGUCCACGUCACUCCGACAUCUCUGAUCCUCUCGCAAACCGACACUAUUCCCGCGCCGUGCGACAGUUAUCUCGUGCUUCGCAGAAAUCCGAACACUUCCGCGGAUCCUGGAAUCGACGAGAUUCUGUCGAGUCUCGGUGCCACCUCGGCCUCCAACCCCAUUAUACAUUUGACCCAUUGUAAUGAUUUACCCGCUAAAAUCCCAUCCGAAACUCAUUCGAUUAUUAGGCCAGCUUCACAAGUUUCUGCUGAUUCAAAAUCUCGAUUUACUACCAAAUUGUUAUGAAGUUAUGUGUUAUUUUUUCAAUUUUCUCCCCCCAAAACACAAGUUUUUGCUUUCAGCUUCUGGGUGUUACAACACUGAAAAAAAACAGACAGAAAACCAGAACGGCGAUAAAAAUCGUAUCAUUUUGUUGUUGUUUUUGAGAACGACCCAUUUGAAGCUUUUUGUUCAAAUAUAAAAAGAGAAGAGCCGCCCGGAACAGUCACUUCACCCUCAACUUUUUCUCUUUAUUCCGAACUUGCAAGUAAGUCCGACUCUUCCGUUCUUAUAAUCUUCUGAAUUAUUGUAGAGAUGAAGCUUCUUCUGAUCUUGGCAUCUUCUGUUCUGAUCCUCUCGGUUGAUGCGGACUAUGCGAGCGGAGGAAGUGGCGGAGGAGGAGGCUACUCUGGAGGGGCUCCACCCGCCGAGUCUGCUCCUGGACCAGCAGCGGAGCCAGCGUCUGCUCCCGAAGCUGCCCCUGCUCAAGCUGGCGACGCCGGAGGAUACGCAACUGCCGCUGGAGGUGGUGGUGGAGGAUCUUACCCGGCCAAGAAGCGAGUUGCCCGUGCCUACGCAGAAGGUGGACCUGCCGGAUCUUCGAUAUCUACCGAUGCUGCUCCAGCUGAGCCGGCCUCUGCUCCUGAAGCUGGCCCUGCUCCUGAAGCUGGCCCUGCUCCUGAAGCUGGCCCUGCUCCUGAGGCAGCUCCAACCGCCAAUGCUGGAGGAUACGCAGCUGCCGCCGGAGGAGGAGGUGGAGGGUCUUACCCGGCCAAGAAAGUGAUGAGAUUCUCCCGCAUUGCCGUCUAA